AUGUCUACCCUCACUCAAGAACAAAUCAAAGUCCUCGAGCAAGCACGUCAGCGACUCGUACAGCUCACCCGCUCACUGGGCUCACUAAUUACCAGCCUACACUCAAGUGACCCUCUUCCGCCAUGGUCCUCACUCCAAUCCCAAGCAAGUAUCAUCUCAAACAACCUCCUCAGCGUCUCCGAACAACUUUCUGAGCAACGAGACCUCUUCACCUCACUAGUCGCCUAUCCAAGCCCUGAAUACCCAGGCCGCACACAAGCACCCACUCUCGAGCAACUCCUGCGCACAAAACUCGACCCCCGCGUCGAAGACUGGGUUGCGCGCGGCCGCGCCGCAGGCACGGAAGGCGGUCCGUCCCAAAGUACCAUCCCGUCUCCGUCGCGCCUUGUCGAGGCUGAAAGUGCCGACCACAAACUCAGUGAGGCAGAGCUUACGCAGCUAUGGGAGUGGGCGCCGCUUGAGGCGAACCAGGAAGCUAGGCGGAGGAAUUGGGGUGGGAAUUUCACUCUUGAGGAGCGGGAGAGUGGGAUUCAGAAUGUUGUCACUGGGUUGAGGAGGCAGCUAGAGGAUGAUUUGGCUUCUGAGGAGGAGGAGAGUGAAGGGGAAGAGGAGGAGGAGAUGGAUGUUGUUGGUGUUCAUCGGAAGUCUAUUGGUGGGGGGUUGGAGUUUGAUAUUGCUGUGAGGCAGCCGCAUCCUGUGCAGCCUUUUGUGCCGCUGGAUGAUAUUCUGAAGUAUAUGACUACUGGGCGCAUGCAGUAG